AUGGAUGAAGAAGAUGCGGAAAAAAUGACUUUCAUUAGACCUUGGGGUGUAAAUCACUACAGGGUGAUGCCGUUCGGCCUCAAGAACACCGGUGCCGCCUACAUGAGAGCCAUGACAAUUAUUUUUCACGACAUGAUUCAUAAGGAGAUUGAAAUGUACGUGGACAAUGUCAUAAUCAAAUAUCGUGAGUGUUCGAAUCACUUGACACAUCUAAGGAAAUUUUUUGAUCGUUUGCGUCGGUACAACUUGAAGUUAAAUCCCGCCAAAUGCGCUUUUGGAGUUCCAGCGGGGAAGUUGUUGGGAUUUAUAGUCAGCAGAAGGGGUAUUGAACUCGACCCCUCUAAAAUUAAAACAAUUCAAGAGUUACCUCCUCCGAAGAUGAGAAAAGAGGUGACGAUUUUCUUAGGGAGGUUAAAGUACAUCAGUCGAUUUAUAACUCAAUCAACUGUGGUAUGCGAGCCUCUUUUCAAGCUGCUAAAGAAAGACGCCACGACAAAGUGGACUGAAGAGUGUCAGACUACUUUUGAUGCUAUCAAGAACUAUUUGUCCAAUCCGCCAAUAUUGGUUCCUCCAUACAUGCCAGAAAAAUGUCAUAAGUGUCAGGUGCACGGUGACUUGAUCCGAGUGCCACCUCACGAGCUUAAUGCUAUGAGUUCACCUUGGGCAUUUGUAGCUUGGGGCAUGUAUGCCAUCGGUCUGAUAGAGCCAGCCACUUCUAAUGGACACAGAUUCAUUUUGGUCGCCGUUGAUUAUUUCACUAAGUGGGUGGAAGCAGCUUCUUACAAGUCAAUAACCAAGAAAGUGGUGGCUGAUUUUGUUCGCAACAAUCUGAUAUGUAGAUUUGGAGUGCCAGAAUCCAUUAUUACUGAUAAUGGGCAUCGAGGUUGGAAUGAGAUGUUACCAUAUGCUUUAUUGGGAUACCGCACGACUGUCAGGACAUCAAUUGGAGCCACUCCAUAUUUGUUAGUAUAUGGAACAAAAGCAAUUAUACCUGUUGAAGUCAAGAUGCUGUCUUUGAGAAUCAUCCAAGAAGCUGAGUUGAGUAACGCUGAAUGGGUUAGCAAGCGGAUUGACCAACUAACUUUGAUUGAUGAGAAGAGAAUGGUUGCCGUCUGUCAUGACGAGUACAAAGGAAAGUUCGCACCAAACUGGCAAGGACCUUACAUGGUUCCCAAAGUAUUAUCUGGAGGUGAUUUGGUCCAAUCGGAGAUGGAUGGCACUGUAUGGCCUAAACCUAUAAACUUAGAUGUUGUCCAGAGAUACUACAUGUGA